CGAGGGCUGGCCGCGUGCAGUGCUGGAACUGUCCAUGAUCUUCUGCACUUUUUUUCGAACCAGCGAGCACGAGCUGGGGUACUGUCGGCAGCUCGCGCCGUAGAGAUUAUAGCAGAGACGAAUUAAGCUGAAGGCCACGCACGGCGAGCGAGUUGACAAAUGGUGGCCGCCGCUCGUUCGUCAUCGCGUUCCUUCCCCGUCCUCUUUCUCCUGCUGCCUCUCGUGGUGCUGCCUGCGUCGGCGGUGUCGUACGAGACCAAGUCCAUGGACCCUGGGCUCGUCGUGAUUACGCUGCCGGAGCCGGUGUCCGGGCCGGAGAGCCUCGCCUUCGACGGACGCGGCGGUGGGCCCUACUCCGGCGUCUCCGACGGCCGCGUCCUCCGGUGGGACGGCGGCCUCCGGGGAUGGACCGAGUACGCCUACAACUCCAAGCACAAGAGCGUGGCGCUAUGCUCGCCGGAGAAGAAGCUGGUGGUGCCGGAGAGCGUGUGCGGGCGCCCGCUGGGGCUGCAGUUCCACCGGCGGUCCGGCGAGCUGUACGUCGCCGACGCGUACCUGGGGCUACUCAGGGUGCCGCCGCGCGGCGGGCUGGCGGAGGUCGUGGCGGCGGAGGCAGGCGGCGAGCCGUUCAACUUCCUCAACGGGCUGGACGUCGACCAGCGGACCGGCGACGUCUACUUCACUGACAGCAGCACCACGUACCAGAGGAGCGACUACCUGCUGGUGGUGGCCUUGGGCGACGAGACGGGGCGUCUGCUUCGGUACAGCCGGCGCGCGCGGCGCGUGGAGGUGCUCCGGUCGGGGCUCUCCUACCCGAACGGCGUGGCGGUGGGCGGCGGCGGCGAGCACGUGGUGGUGGCGCACACGGCGCUGUGCGAGCUGCGGCGGCACUGGGUCCGCGGGCCCCGGGCGGGCGCGUCCGAGACCUUCACGGAGCUGCCGGGGUACCCGGACAACGUGCGCGCCGACGGCCGCGGCGGGUACUGGGUGGCGCUGAGCAAGGGCGCCGGCGGCGGCGGCGCGGGCGCGGCGCCCACGGUCGCCGUGCGGGUGUCCCCCGAGGGCAACGUGACGGAGGCGCUGGAGGGGUUCAGCUUCGUGUCCGUGAGCGAGGUGGCCGAGCGCCGCGGCGCGCUCUGGGUCGGCUCCGUCGACACGCCCUACGCCGGGGAGCUCCGCCGGCGGCGCCCCAGCGUCUGAUCAUUGUGGUCGCUUGCCGUCCGAUCCGAUCGAUCCAGUACGUGGAGCCAACUGUAUAUGUGCUGUGUUGAACGUGUGGUGCGAGCAUGCAGCUAGCUAGCGUGCGUAGAACGUGUGGUGCGAAUUGUGAAUGUUAGAUGUAGCAUUGGGUGAUGCCGUGCCAUGAUGCCGUGGGUGCGGCUUGAUUCUGUGGUGGAAAUUAAUUUGGAAUGGAGGUUGUUGCUUGGUUAACACGUGCUGCUGUACCUCGUCGUCCUGAUCAUGGCCCGGGUAUGGCCACGUUAAUGACGGCAAUGAACCUCUGUUUGGCGA